CUUCAAUGGAGGACGAGGCUAAUCCUUCAAUGUGGGAGGAUCCUAAUCCUGAGUCUCAAAGGUUUUAUGAUUUGCUAAAGGCUGCUGAUACAGAAUUGUAUCCUGGUUCUUCCCUUUCUCAACUCGCAGUAGUUUCUAGGAUGCUAAACAUUAAAAUAAAGAACACUUUAUCACAAAGGGGAUAUGACCAAAUGAUGCAAUUGCUGAAAGAGGCUUUACCUGAAGAUAACAUAAUGCUUGAAAGUUAUUAUCAAAACAAGAAGCUAGUGCGUAGCUUGGUUUUGCCGGUUGAAAAUAUUGAUUGUUAUAAUUCAGGAUGUAUGUUGUAUUGGGGUGACGAUGAAGACCUCACAUCUUGCAAGUUUUGUGGCUACGAGAGGUUUAAACGUCGUGUUGGUUCUCGUAAGAGGAAAUUAGUCCCUUAUAAAAGGAUGUAUUAUUUUCCUUUGAUUCCUAGAUUGUGAAGAUUAUAUGCAUCUCAUGCUACAGCUGGUAACAUGAGAUGGCAUCAUGAGCAUAUACAAGAGGAUGGGGUAAUGCGUCAUCCAUCAGACUCUGAGGCUUGGAAGCACUUCAAUGAAACUCAUCCAUUUUUUGUUGCUGAACCAAGAAAUGUGAGGCUAGGGUUAUGUACUGAUGGUUUCCAACCAUUUGGUCAAUCAGGAAGAAAAUACUCUUCGUGGCCGGUGAUUGUUACUCCAUACAACUUACCUCCUUGGAUGUGUAUGAAAGAGGCGUACAUGUUCUUAACUGUCAUUGUUCCAGGGCCAACCAAUCCUAAACAAAAAAUUGAUGUUUUUCUACAACCUCUAAUAAAAGAAUUGACUUUGUUAUGGGAGGAAGGUGUGGAAGCAUUUGACAUCUCAAAAAAGCAAAACUUUCAAUUAAGGGCGGCUUUGAUGUGGACAAUCAGUGACUUUCCAGCAUAUUCUAUGUUAUCAGGAUGGAGUACUGCUGGAAAGUUAGCAUGUCCUUAUUGUAUGGAGGACGCACAAUCUUUUAGAUUACGUCAUGGUGGGAAAACAACUUGGUUUGAUAGUCAUAGAAUGUUCCUUGACCAACAUCAUCCAUUUAGGAAAGAUCGUAAAAACUUUCUUAACGGUCAUACUGUCAAAAGUCUACCACCAACACUUAGAACGGGAGAGGAAAUUUUGAACCAAAUUAGUGAGUUAGGUCUAAGAAAAGUAAUAGAGGAAGAUGUACAAGUAGUUAAUUCGAGAAUAUGUAAAUCUUGUGGAUGGAAAAAGCAAAGCAUCUUUUGGGAUUUGCCUUAUUGGAGUUCUAACAUGAUUCGGCAUAAUCUUGACAUCAUGCAUAUUGAAAAGAAUGUCUUUGAUAAUGUAUUUAACACAGUUUUUAAUGUUAAAGACAAAACCAAAGACAAUCCGAAAGCACGUCUGGAUAUGCUAACCUAUUGUGAUAGACCUCAGUUGGCAAAGGAUGCUAGUGGAAAAUAUCCCAAAGCUGCAUAUACAAUAGACAAUGAAGCAAGAGAUAUCUUAUUCAAUUGGGUGAAAAGUUUGAAGUUUCCAGAUGGGUAUGUUUCAAAUUUGGGUCCAUGUCUAGAGACGAACAAGUCUAGGUUAUUUGGCAUGAAAAGUCAUGAUUGCCACGUGUUCAUGCAACGAUUAAUGCCUAUUGCCUUUCGUGAACUACUUCCUAGCAAUGUGUGGCAGGCACUUACAGAAUUGAGCUUAUUUUUUAAAGAUCUUACUUCGACCACUCUACGAGUGGCUGACAUGGAGAGAUUAGAAAUAGACACCCCACAGAUCUUCUGUAAGUUGGAACGUAUAUUUCCACCGGGGUUCUUUAACUCAAUGGAACAUUUGCCCGUGCACCUGCCAUAUGAAGCAAGAAUUGUUGGACCUGUACAAUAUCGAUGGAUGUAUCCUUUUGAGAGGUACCUUGGAACUUUGAAAAAAAUGAUUGGGAAUAAAGCUAGUGUUGAGGGAUCUAUUUGUGAAGCAUAUUUGAUGACAGAGUCAACACAAUUAUUUUCUCAUUAUUUUGAACCUCAUGUCAUUACACGUGAUCAUAAUGUGAACCGGAAUGAUGAUGGUGGUGUUGUGGAAGAUCAUAAAGGAAAUUUAUCAAUAUUUACAUAUCCGGGUCGACUAUCGGGAGAAGCAAAAAAGAAGAGUUUAUCCUUGGAAGAAAUCAAGACUGCCCAAACUUACAUUCUACUAAAUUGUAAAGAGGUUGAGCCAUUUGUAAGUAUGUACGUGGAACGUUUACAAGAAGAAUAUACGAAUUUAUCUCAGGAUCAAAUAGAUGAGAAUCUCGAAACAUAUUUCUCUAUAUGGUUCAAGCAAUAUGUCCGAAGCAACCAUAUUGAGAAUGCAUUCUUGCGUAGCCUUGCUCAUGGACCAUUGACAAGCGCGAUAUGUCAUUCAGUGUAUUUUGUUAAUAGAUAUAAAUUUCACACAGAAAGUCAUGGUAGCGCAAGAUCAACAAUGAACAGUGAAGUUUGUAUAUCGGAUCCAAAUGUUGGUGACUACUAUGGUCGGAUACAAGAGAUUAUACAAGUAGAAUACCGUGAAGAACCUUUAAAAAAUACUGUAUUAUUCAAGUGUGAAUGGUUUGACCGAACGAUGAAUGUUGGUGUUAAAAAGCAUAAUCAAUACAAAUUGGUGGAUGUUAACCAUCGUCGUCGAUAUAAAAAAAUAUGAACCUUUUAUUCUUGCAA